AUGAGUUGCAAUGAUGAUGGCAAUAAUGAUGAUGAAUUUCACAAUUCAUAUGAAGAGGAUUUAACUAUUAACUGUGAGAUUUUUGUUACUUUUUAUAUUCACCUGCCAAAAAACCUUGAUAAAACUAUGCUUCCUUUACAAUUACACAAUUAUAGUGGAAGUCCAAAUCUUGACAAUAACUUUAGAUUCAUUAGUGUGAUAUAUAAAUCUGUAACUUUAGAAAAUUUUACAAAAAAAGUUAAAGAGUUUCAAAUGCUUUUAAAACAUCAUAAUGCACUAACUAUUCAAGAGAUUACUAUAAAUUCAAUUCUCAGUUGCCUUUUAAUUGCAAGUAAUAAUUUUCAGAAGAUUUUAGCCUGUGUUAUAUUGGCUUAUUAUAUUGAAACUAUUCAGAAACAAACUUAUACCUUUAUAAAAUUACGUAAAAAUUUUCCUUCAGCCAAUUUAUUACAAGUAUUACAAGAAGUUCAAACAGACAAUUUGCUACCCACAAGCGCUAAAACUUCAUUUACUUUUCUGACUUCAACUUUAGUCUGA